UGAGCCAUCUCCCCGGCCCCAACUUAAGGUGCAUGCUGCCAAACAUUGGAAGACCAAUGAACUAACUGAGCCUUAGUGUCACCUUCAAGGACAUAACUGUAGAUAAAGAGAGGGCCAAGGACAGAGGCCUGGGUGCUACAACAUUUCAUAUCCGGAAGAGGAGGAAGAUCCAGCAAAGAACACUGAGAAGGAACAGCUAGUGAAGUAGGACGAAAAUUAGAGGAAUGUGGUGUUCUGAAAGUGAUCCUAUCAUGGCUGAAUCACUAAGUGAGGUUUCUAACAACGUGGAUGUUGUGGAGGCCAGUGAUGAGGACAGAUGCCUAAAGCAGAAGGCGGCAAUGCAGUACACCUUGAUGAAGAGUGGAGGAAAGAAGAAAUCCAAAUUUAAAGUCUUGAAGAGCUUUUUUGUUAAGAAGAAGAAAAGAGAGACUGAAGGUGCCCAGGAAGAGAGGAUGCUGAUGACAAGCUUGUCCAGCAGCAGCAUCAACAUCUCUACUCUGGAUCUAGUCCAGAAAGAUGAACUAACUGACCCUAGGAGCAAGAGCGGCAUGGGGAACAAAGCCCUAUCCCAUGAGAGCAUCUUCACGUUGGAUACAGAGCCUGAAAGAUCUGCAAGAGAACUAGGCCCUGCUACAGAGUUUCAGAGAAGCAAAUCUCUGGGGAGAUCUCAGGCUUUCAGAACUCUGCCUAGAAGUGGAACUAUGUCUGGAUCUAUGCCUCGAUUCACGCCCAGAAGUGGAGGCUGGGUUGCAGGCUCCAAGCUCACCGAGAUCCCACCACUGCGUCCACGCCAACCCAGUCUCAGCCCACCUCUUUUCCGAUCUGACAAAAUUUCUAAGAACUUGGAAGACAUCUCUAUUGAUGAUGAGUCACCUAAAGGCCCACAAAUGAAGGGUUCAUUUGAAAAGACCUUGACGGCAAACACGAGUUUCUCUGACUCAUCAUCUGAAUCUGAUUACUCACAACCUUCGACUGAGUGUGCCCCUACCCUAGCCACCAACCAGAGCUGUCUGGAUUCUUUAGCUACUCAACACAAAACAGAUUUAAACCUCUGGGAACUACAAAAGAAGAGUCUUCAAGCAACUGUGGAACCAAAUCAGGAGGAGCCAAAUGUUUCAGUGGUUUCUGAAGGAGCACAUAGCCCGACCGAAGCUGAAGAAACUGGCCCAAAGAAGGUGAAAAUAGAAAGUGCAGACUCCUCAGGCCAGGAACAGAGUGACAGUUCUGGGACUUAUGAUCAAAAGACAAGAAAUAAGACUAAAAAACCUAAUGCUCCUGGGAAUCUGAGAAACUCAAUGUCAGCAGCAUAUGGCAGAAGACGUAAAAGAACAGGAACGUGCGUUUCAAUAACAAAUGAAUAUGGAUCCAAAGGAAAGAGCAUUAUACAAUUCAGUAAAAGUCAUGACCCAAACAACCAAGCUGUGUCCUCAUCUACCAAUGAGACUACCAGGCAUGGUCCUUCCUGGUACCUGCCUUUGGAGAAGCAAGUCACAGAGCAGCUGGCAACCUCAGAAGCAGAUAUCACUACCCCUCUUGAGCUACUUUCAGAUAAAACUGACAUGAAAAGGAGAGAUGCUGGGGGAGACUUUGAAGCCAAAAAAGCACAGCUCACAGUUGAAGAAGACAUGCAAAAGUCAAUGGUUAGCGGCCCACAACCAUACCAUGAAGAUGGGGCUACUGUAGCCCAAAAGACAGAAUCCAAAAUUGUUUUGCCAGUGGUGGGAACACCUUCAACAACCCAAAAAGAGACCAUUAUUUUAAUAACCACAGAGGCUCAGGUGCUUAGGGAUCCUUCUCCUAUCCAGUCAGAAGACGAAGAAGCUUCCAGUUUUGGCUUGCAAAAUUCCCACUCUGAAACAGAGAAUGUCCCAAUUGUUUGCAAAGAAAAGCCCCUGGUAAAUGUUCCCCAGGCCUGCACAGUGAGUGUUUCAGAAACAACAAAUACCACAGUAGAGGAGGGAGGCAUUUCUAUGGGGAACGCUGAAACUGCUAAUGUUUCUCCAGAUUCAAGGAGCAUGUUAGAGAAAGGGAAUGAUUCUGAGAAGCAGUUGGCUACUGAACAUUCUUUCGAGUCCUCGAAGAAACCUAAAGAUGAACAAAAAGACAUCCAAAAAUUCAAAGAUGUAGCUGUGGAUUUGAGCUGUGCAGAAGAGCAGUUGGCUCUUGGAUAUUCUUCCCAGUUCUUGAGAGAGUCUGAAGCUGAAAAAAGCUCUUCAGAGACAGAGAGUCCUGCUGACAGGGAGAGUUCUUUGAAGGAAGUGGAUCCUACUAACUCUUCCCCCUCAGGGGAGAGUAAAGGAAUCUUUUCAGAAUCAGAAAGUUUUCUCGAGGAGCAGCUGGCUCCCAGGUGUCCUUCAGAAGAAUUGCUGGUGCCUGAGAAUAAAGAAAUCUCCACAGAAUCAAACAGUUCUGUUACAAAUUCUGACAAUGCUGAGGAAUGGCCAAGCUCAGAGGAAGGUCUACCUCAUGAGUACCCCAACCAGGUCUUAGAAAAGCCUGAAGAUGAGCAAGAAGUGCCCUCAGUUCCAGAGAAUGUUAGUGAGGAACAGAUGCCUUCCCAAUGCCCUACUCAGUCCAUUGUGAGGCCUAUUGUUCAGCAACACACCUCCUCCACUUCAGUGAGUGUUUGUGAAGGACAGCUUGGUUCUGUGGAGCCAGUGACUCCCAGCCACCCUUUCCAGCCGUGGGUGAAUUCCAAAGUUAUGCAGUUAGUCUCUGCAGAUCAUGAAAGUGCUACAGAGCGGGGCAGUUUUAUGGAACCACUGCCUCACAAAAUGACUUCAAACUACUUAAUGAAUCCUAAAGCUGAGGAAAAAUCCUCCUCAGGCCCGGGAAUUACAUCUAUGGAAGAAGUUUCUAUGGCGGUGUUGCCUCCCAGAUAUUCUCAGCCCCUGACAAGAGCAAUAGUUGCGCAAGAAGCCUCUGCAUAUCCCGAGAGUGCUCCUGUUGAGCAGCGGAUUUAUGUGGCCCUAAGGCAUCCGUCACACACUUUUCCGCAGUGGGUAAGCCCUCAAGUUGAACAAGUUUUCUCCUCUCCAGAGAGCCAAGUUAUAGAAGAAGGUGGCAUUUUUGUGGAACCACUGCUUCCUGGCCAUCUCCCUCAGCCCUUGAUGAGCUGCAUCGUUCAACAAAGCCUGUCAUUAGGUUCAGAAAAUAUUGCUUCUGAGGUCAUUUCUGUGGAGCCACGGUACAGCAAAUACUCUCUCACCAAUCCUCAAAUCCAACCAAUCUACUCAGACAGCACUGCUGUUGAACAGGGCAUUUUUGUGGAGCAGCUGCCUCUUGGAUGCCAUUAUCACCCUUUGGUAAAGCCUAAAUUCCAGCCACACAUGAGCCUAGACUCAGAAAGCACUUCUGCACAAUGGUGUGGUGCUGUGGAAUCAGUGCCUGCUAGACACACCUGCAAGACGUGGAUGGGCCCUGAAUGUAAGCAACAAGAUUCUGUGAGUCCACAGAACACUGAAGCUGAGUGGGAAGAUUCUAAGGAGUCAGCACUGCCCAGACAUCACGUGCAGCCGUGGCUGAAACCUACAUUUGAGCAAGUCACAGGUCUGGAGAAUUCUGCUAUUGAGUGGAGCAUUUCUGUGGAUCCACAGCCUUCCAGAGUGACUUCUCAGCCCCUGAAGAGGUCAGUAAUCAAGCAACCAGUCUCCACAGGAUCAGGGAGCACUUCUGGACAGUGGAGCGGUUAUGACGAGCAAAUGUCCCCCAGACACCCUUUCCAGCCAUGGGCAAGCUCUACACUUCAGCAACAAGUCUCUGUAGAUCAGGAAAGCACUGCAACUGAGGGGAGAAUUUCUGUGGACGUGGAGCCUUCCAUAUACUAUUCUCAGCCUCUGGUGAGACCAAAACUCAAGCAAGAAAUCUCAGAUUCAAUGAAUGCUUCUGAGGAAUGGGGUGCUCCUAUGGCAUCAGGUUUGUCCAGACCCCCUUUCCAGCUGUGGGUGAACCCUAAAUUUGAGCAACAGGUCUCUGCAGGUCCAGAGAGUGUUGCCAUAGAAAGGGACAUUCAUAGGGAGCUUCCCAGACAUCUUUCCCAGACCACUAUGAGACAGAAAGUUCAGAAAACGUCCUCAAGUUCUGAGAGUGCUACAGUUGAGAGAGGCAUUUCUGAGGAGUCACUGUCUCCCAAGCAUUCAACCUAUCUCCUAGUGAGGUCUAAAGUUCAGGAAAUACCCUCCAUCCUAGAGAAUACUGCUGAUAAAGCAAGCCUUUCUAAGAAAUUGCUGCUUCCCAAGAAUCCUCCCCACUCAUAUGUGAAGUUCAUGGCACAGCAAAUCUUUUCAGAGAACCCUGAUACUGAGAGAGAAAUGUAUGUGGAUCCUCUGGCUCCAAAUCUUCCAUCCAAAACUUUGUUGAAGCCUGAAGUUGAGUGCCAAAUUUUCUCAGAUUGGGAGAAUGCUGACAGUGAGAAAAACAUUUCUUUGAAGCAUGCUUUAAAAUCCCUAGGGGGCCCUGCAGACCUACAAGAAGGUCUGUCACUUUCAGAGAGGGCACCUAAGAAAUGGAGCCAUUCUAGAUGGCAAAUACCUUCUAGAAAAGCCUUAGAGAAGUUUAAGUACAAGCAAGAGUUCUCAGUUUCUGACAGCUCUUCUGAAGAGUGGAGGAGUUCUGAAGAGCAGCUGCCUUCCAGAUACCCUUCCAAAGCCUUGCAUGGGUCUGAAUUCCUGCCACCAACAGUCUUGAUGAAUGUUCCUGUGGAGUGGAGCACUCUUACGGAGGACCAACCUCAUCCUUCCCAAGCUUUUGGAAGUGCUGAGUAUCAGCAACAGGUUUCUUCAAGUUUCAAGAAUGCUGCUGCUCAGGGAAUCAUUGUUGAGAACAGUCCUAGAGCUUUGUCCCUGCCUAAAGACCCAGUUUCUCCAAAGAAAGCCAAGAAACACAGCCAAGGCUCUGAAGAUUUCACUAAGAGAAUGUCAACCUCAUCAACUAAGUCAGAGAAGAUUAUCUUUGCUCCUACCUGGAAAGUACCCAUUUCUGUGGAUACUUACUAUAAGGAAGAAAUUCAUCCAAGUGGUGAUGGAAAUAAUGGUGGUCAUGUAAACUUACCCACCAAUGAAGCUAAUACUGGAAAUCUUUCUGGAGCCCAACUGAAAAGAAUGUCUUCUCCACACAAGUAUAAGAGUGAGAAACCAAAUAGAUUUAGCCAGAUUCCUUCCUUCCUAAUUUCAUCCAGUGGAAGCAGAGAACAGCAAAUAAACAGAGAUGCUUCAAAGGGGUUCCCAAAUACUAUAGACAGCCCCACCGCACCAUCUGCCUUUGUGGAGAAACGUCACAGAGGCAAAUACGAAGGCAUGGCCAGGAAGCAUCCAAUUUACAAGCCCCCAGGUGAGUCAGGUCGGCAGUUGGAUUAUUACGUCUCAGAUUCAGCUUGGUUUACUAUGGCAAGGCAGAAACAUAAGGGUUCCCAGCUCUACAUUCCUGCGAAAGACACCAAAACCAAGAGCAAAGCUGCAGCCAAAACUGAUGCCAAGGAGCCUAUACGUGGCAUAAGACCUGAGGCCACCCAUAGAAUACUCCAAAAGGGAUCUGACCCUGUCAAUGAAAACCGACCAAAAAAGAUUCUCAUUUCCAGUAUCCAUAAACAGGAGAAGGCACAGGCGAAGCCCUCUAAGCCUAUCAAAUCAGUUGUAUUUGAAGAUCAGAAGAUGCUGCCCACAUCUGGCAUGGGAAAAGAAAUGAAACGAUCUUUAAGUCUUCCAUCUGGGCUACAGUACCUGGAUGAUCCAGUUAAGUCAAAUGACUCCAGUGAGCCUGUCUGGUUCUCCAUUGCCAAGAAGAAAGCCAAAGCAUGGAGCCACAUAGCAGAGGUCAUGCCAUAAAUAGCUCCUGAGUGGAGCAUCAGAAUUGUAGAUGACAAUCACCAAUAACUAUAGUAGUUCUAUACAAUGAUUACAUUAAGCAAAAGAGUUUUAUAAGUGAGAAUUAAACCUUUUAAUUAUUAGAAUGAAAUAAAUAUUGUUAAGCUUAACCUUCAAUAUAGUCACUGCCAGCAUUCAGAGACCUAGCAUUUUCUGUAUAAAAACUGUGGAAAUAUUUACACUGCUAUAGAAUGUUUAAUUUUGGACAUUGUGCCUUAGAUAGGAGAAAGUAAAAACAUUUUGUUGGAGCAAGCAAAAGAUUGUGUUUCCCUCAACCACAUAAAGUAAUUCUAAUGGAAAUGUUCAGAUGAUUUGGCCCACAGAUUGGAUUUUAUGUUUCAUGAGCCUGGAUAAAUGCUUAACUAUUUGGUUGCUGAUCCAAACUUUGCAAAGGCUUCCAGAAGAUGUGGUGGAAAUGAAAAUUCUAGGUUUCAAAGGAAAUUUUGCAUAGCCAGGCCUCUAAUCAGCCCACUACCCACUAAAGUACUUCCCCUUGUGUCCUGGGCUCCCCUAAUGAUAGUGCGUGCUAAUAACACAUGGAACACUUAUACCAAGCUUCCUCCCUUUUUGUACAUGGCAGGCCUGGCAGCAGUGAGUGGUCCCCUAGCAGGCAGAACAUUUCUUGAAGAUUAUUUUACUUCUCCAGAUAAUUAGUCUAUCAUUGUCUGGCCCAUUGUCCCAACAUUACUGAUACCCACUCCAAUUUCUCAGAAAGGCAAAGGUGCCUCCAGGCAUACAUAUUCUGAGGUUUAAGCACCUGUGUCACUGUUAACAGUCAACCUUUUACAGAUGCCAAAAGCUAUACUUUCUAUUAGGCAGACGACAAGCUGACCACCCCGAGUUUGGAGCCACUGGAAGGUCCCUUCUCUGGCUCUGGCCUUGUAAUUGUGUUCUUACAUUCUGAGUGGGAUACUACCCAGUGCAAAAGAAGAAGAAGGAGAAG